CUAGAUCGAUGCCAUUACGAAUUGGGACAUUCGGGAGGACGGUCGUUGCACGGGCCAGUUAAAUUUUCUUUCCUGCCCUCCGAGGAUGCAUUCGACGACGGUGAAGAAGCUCUGGCAAGGCUUCGUCGAGGAAUCGACGACGAGAAACCAGAGCCUCCGACCGAACAAAUCCCACCGGAGGAACAGCAACAGCAACAACCGGAGCAACAAGCCGCCCCGCAACAGUCACAACCGCAGCCGCAGCUACAGCCGCAGCAACAACAACCGCAGACGAUUGUGAAUGCCUCGAACGUACCGGCGAACGUUUCCUACCUGACUUACCCGACAGAAUCGACGCUCGCUACGUCGUCUCCAUCCUCGACUACGGUUUCGUCGGGCAAACAGGCGUCCGUGACGCGUGGUGGAGCCUCUAGAGGGAACAAACCGGAGACCUCAACGCCGGUAAUAGCAAUCUAUGGAAAGAAUUCCUCGUCCAAAGAACCGGUCCCGUCCAUAGUUUCGGGAGAUAAGUCAAAUUCUAUAAAUGGAACUACCGAGAGUAAUAAAAAUUCGACAAAAGGCACGGAGACCGUGAUAGAGUCAACGGAGAGCAAAGACGAUUCCGAUAGCAAUAUCGGAGACAUAUCCAUCAGCAAGUUCUCAGAGCUGAGUAACACGACUUUGUCCCAGCACAAUAUUACGAAAAUGGAGUACGAUACGCAUCAAUAUUACAACAGCACGUUCAUCAUCGACGAGGCAGUGGGGAAAAAGUACUGGGUGGAUAUAAAUAAUCAUCCAGAUUUGAAAGUCAAUUACUUACUCAGUCAGAGUCAUCGUCGAGCUGCGACAGUGAAAUUGAAGUUCGAUUUCCCGUUCUACGGUCACAAAGUUCGUAACAUCACCAUCGCCACCGGGGGAUUCCUCUACACGGGCGAGUACGUACACAGCUGGCUAGCCGCCACUCAAUACAUCGCACCAUUAAUGGCAAAUUUCGAUACGCGGCUAUCUAACGAUAGUUACGUGAAAUACGCUGACAACGGGACAGCAUUUACGGUUGUAUGGGAAAAAGUGGUAUUGCAGGACAAACCUGAUGUUGGGCCAUUCACUUUUCAAGUGACUCUGCAUGAAAACGGUGACAUUGUGUUUGUAUACUCGGUAAUCCCUCUGACAGUGGGUCUUAUUGAGGACACGGCGCAUCCUGUUAAAGUUGGCCUUAGCGACGCCUAUAUCAUGGACAGAAUAGUCUUCUGUAAUUGUUCGCAGAAAGACAAUUUACGAAUAUCAUCGCGUAAACUUUAAUCGACAGGACAUUAAGAAUUGGACAGUGAUUUAUCUACACGCAUUGCCAACCUGUUUAGAAAUGGAUAAUUGCAGAGAUUGCUUGACGAAAUUGAAAGGCUUCGAAUGCAAGUGGUGCACGGAACUGAAUCAAUGCAGUACCGGAACGUCUAGAUCACGGCAAGAUUGGCUGUUGAAAGGAUGCGAUGUUCGGAUGAUAAAGGAAGUUGACAAUUGCCCGUUACCAAACACAACGUGCAAGGAACAUGUCGACGAAUACAAUCAUAUUUUACGUAUGCAUUCGGAAGAAACUGUUACCGUUAGUGAAAUGAAUGCGAAACAAGAGAAACCUGGAACGAGUCCUUUAGAGCGUUCUCGGAAUAAUAUGAACAUGGGAGUUUCGGGAAUUAUUGGAAUUCUCCUUGUAAUUGGUUUAGUCGUAGGUUUGGCUGCGUGGGCUGCAUAUGCUUACCGCAAUCCUCAUAGCACGUCCGGACAAAUGUUAAUUAGGUACCGACCAAGCCAAUGGAGUUGGCGAAGAGGAGAAGCACGUUAUACAGCAGCAACGAUUCACAUGUGAAGACGUAAACAUGUAAGAGACGCAAUCAGCAAUUAGUACAGAACUGUCGGACCAAACUUCCUAUUAAAUAUACACUGUAUUAAGUCUGCGAGUUUAUGUACAGAACGUUUGCCUGCGAUGACGCAUGUGUCGCUUUGUUAAUUGCCAUGUGUCUAUGCAUAAAAAUCUAUUUGUUCAUAUUAAUAUAAAAUAACGUAUUCAAUUAAUAUCGAUGUAAAAGAAAAAGAAUUAUAUAGUUGGAUUGAAACAUGGGAACAAAACAGAAGUAUUUCAAGUUGUUAACAAGGAAAAUUAAUUAGAGAAUUAUCUUAAAUUUUAUAACGCUGAUUUUUGGAAGAGUGGCAAUUAAACUACUAGUGACCGAAGUAUAGAAUAUAAGGAAGACUAUUAAAGUGACCUUCAUUGUAUCGGCGGACGGUAUUACGAAAGUUUAUCGAGAUUUUAAAUUUUGUACAGUAAUGUUAUAUUAUAAAAACACGUAAAAACGAAUUUAUACUUACUGUUGCCCGUAAAAAUACUGAACUGAUCUUUUACAAUACAUAAUUUUUGUGAAGUUUUCUUUCGAAGUAAGUUACACUGUGUCGCGAAUACUCGAAAGAUGGAAUCUUUUUAGAGAAAAUAAUGAGCAGUGAGAGACAAACGGAAAUUGACGUUACGAACGACGACUAUGCGGAAUUGAAACAUUUGUUACGUUCUCGCAAUCAAAAUAAUCGUAAUGUCAAAAGACGGGCAAGAAAUCCUUCUGGAUAUUGAACGUUUAUGUGAUUUUAGUUUCAUGUGGUAUACUUUGUUAUUGUUUAAGAAUUCGUUUUUUAUCGUUAUAUAAACUCCAACAGUUGUUUAUAAAUAUAAGUAUAUAUGUAUACAUUUAUGAAUUAUAUAUUACAAUAUAAAUAUAUGUUCAUAAAUAUAUACUUAUGUACACGUGUGUGUAUAAUCUUCUCAACGUGAAGAGCAAUAUUUUAAUAAAAAUCAAUUGAACGACCAAGUUCCGAUCUAGCCUUUAGAAACUACAGUUCAAGUACUGUAUGAGAAUUAAAUUUUUAACAAAUUCCUCAGCAGUGUUUAAACAAUUUUACCACAUUUGUCUUACUCUUUUUCUGUUAGUGGUACAUUCCAAAAUAUGCAAUUCCUAUAAAUGAAAUAAAUUGAUGAUAUAUUCGUGAACUGUAGUUUCAUCUUUUAAAUUUUAAAUAUGCGUAUAUAUACAUAUAUAACAUACGUUGAUGCGUACGUAUAUAUGUAAAUAUAUGCGUACAUAUGCAAAAUAUAUAAAUAUAUUUUAUAAAAAGAUUUUUAAAUACACGAGCACCUUAACUUAGUUGUAAUACAUGAAGAAGAAAGGCAACAGUCAAGAAUUCAUAUACAUAUAUCAAUAAUAUUAAAUAAUUACCAGUGUAUAUAGUAGCAUGUUAAAGCAAUAUAAUUUUUAUACGAUUGUAAGUAUAAUUAAUGUUGAAAGGUGCUCUUAAUCAACUUUUUGAUACAUUUAUUGGCAAUGGAAUAUUGUUAAAUAUUUUCAUCUUGUCAAAAAUUAACGUAACGUAAACGAAUUUCUACUUUUUAAUGAAAAAAAUUGUACAUUAAUUUAAAAAGUAGGUGGUUUUUUUUUUUAAAUGAUGUCUCUAUGUUAUGAAAUUAACUUACGAAAAUCACGAUUAAUUCUUCUUACAUUAUUGUAUAUGAUCUAACUGAUAGUUUGUGAUAAUAAAUACUAUAAUUAUUACAAUAAA